UGAAAUGUUGACGUCGAUUAUUGUCAAUAUUGUUUGCUCUUGGUAGAAUUUCGUGCCCGACUUUUUUGUAAAAUUUCAUCAAUUCCUAAUGGUAGAACAUGCUUCAUUCGUUUCAUAAUUCGUGAGUAACUAUAAACUAUAAACGUUGUGAAAAAAAAUUCAAAACGAAGUGUACUAAUGAUGCCUGCAAGAUUAGGACUACCAAUAUUGCACGAAAAUCCUCUAUGGAUUUCAUGGCAUGAUUCCAACUGGAUUCCAAUUCUCAAUCCGGCCAAUGUACUUGAUUAUUUUUCGGAAAAAUCAAACCCAUUUUAUGAUCGCACUUGUAACAAUGAAAUAGUUCGUAUGCAACGUCAAAGCAUAGAUAUGUUGAGCAAUAUGUCUGGCGUUGAAUAUAUUUUGCUACACGUCCAGGAUCCUAUUUUAUACGUAAUUCGCAAGCAACAUAGACAUAAUCCAACAGAUGCAACACCAUUGGCGGACUAUUAUAUCAUUGCGGGUACCGUAUAUCAAGCACCGGAUUUGGCCAGUGUAUAUAAUUCAAGGAUACAUUCAUCGGUGCAUCACCUCCAGAGUGCUUUUGAAGAAGCUAGCUCUUUUUCGCGAUAUCAUCCAAGUAAAGGAUAUUCAUGGGAUUUCUCUGUCAACAAAGCAAUUGCAGAGAAAAAUAAAAACGAAAAAAGCAAAACUGCUCCUGACAAGGAAGAACCAAGUUCGCUUUUUCAACGGCAACGCGUCGAUAUGCUUUUGGGAGAUCUGCUGAGAAAAUUUCCCCUUCCUCUGCCACAACUUCAAAAUCAGAGCCAUCCCAACCAGCACGCGGUGGCCAAUGCAAACGAUAACAUGGAUAAUGCAAUGGAAAAUGGAUCAGAAGUUUCAAACAUUAAACAAGAACGCAUGGAUCAUGUUUCCAACAAACGUAAAGAUAGUCCUAACAUGUUGGUCAAAGAGGAAACUAGAAAUGAUAUGAAACCUCCACCUGAAAAAAAGAGCAAGAAUAGAAUUAAUGAAACAGAAGUACGACAAAACACAGAAUAGUUUAAACGUAAUAAGAUCAGUAAGAAAUGAAAAUGUAUUGAAGAAGGUUGUGUUGAUAAAGUAAAAAAGUAAGCAAAUAUCAA